AUGGCUGAUGAGGAAUACUCGAGGGCGUCUGCGGAAGCAGACCGUGAAAUGACAAAGCUCUGGCGCACAUGGAGGACCGUUUUCGAGAUGCUAGCUGAUCGGGGCUAUGAAGUGACUGAGGAGGAGAUAAAAAUUCCUCUCGACGAAUUCAGAACGCGAUACUCAGAUGCUCUUGGGUUUCCUGAUCGCAAUAAAAUGAAAAUCAGCGCGCGUCCCUCACAGGCGAUGAUGGAGAAAUACACACCCCUUCCCACAGUAUCGAAACCCAACCCAGUCCCCGAAUGCGGUACCAUUUACGUCGAAUUCUGUGCGGAUAUACAGAGCGUAGGGACAAAGCAAGUUCGUGCAUUUAAUCAUUUCAUCGACGAACAAAACUACCACACCGGAAUAUUCAUCAGCCAGACGCCAAUUUCUCCAUCCGCAAUGCGAGUGUUGAACAGCAUACCAGGCCGGUUCUGUGAGCACUUCCAGGAACAGGAACUCCUAGUCAAUAUUACCCAUCAUGAACUCGUACCCAAACAUAUUCUUCUAAGCGCAGAGGAAAAGAAACGGCUCCUUCAGCGAUACCGGUUGAAGGAGUCUCAGCUUCCGCGUAUCCAGAGUGGAGAUCCUGUGGCGAAAUAUCUAGGUUUGCGACGAGGGCAGGUCGUCAAAAUCAUCCGAAAGAGUGAAACAGCUGGAAGGUACGCCAGCUACCGCUGGGUUACUUAA